UAAAGGAUACCCAGCCUAGGCUUCGCCACGCUUAUCUGCUGGGUGCGGAGGAGAAAGACCGUGAAUAUAGUCUUCGUUCAAGUGCUGAUUCGCGUGGGUUUUAGGAGUAGAGGAGCUGUCCCCUCGUAGUGUCGACAUGGCUGGUGGUAGAGGCCGUGGUAUAGGCGCCUUCACCUUCAACGUUGAGUCCCUGGGCCUGAGCAGGGGAAAUAUGCCAGAGACCCGACUGGGCCCCCAGAAGCUGUACCCAGACGUGGAGUACAAACCUGUGCCACUGAAAGUUGGAGAAGAUGAGGACUACAUGCUGGCCCUGAAACAGGAGAUGAGGGGAGCCAUGAAACGACUGCCCCACCACAUUAAACCUCUGGCUGAGAAAGGAGAUGUGGAACGAUACAAGGAGAGGUACCUGAAGGCAGCGUUGUUGGGUGAUGAGUGGACGCCAGACUGGCAGCUCUUUCCAAAAGAACUGAUGCCUCAAAAGAAAAAGUUGAAAGUAAAACCAGCAGGGGCAAAGAAGAAACCUGUAAAGAUAUCGAGCACAGAGAAAGCAGAUGUGCUCAGUAAAUUAGAUGAUCUUGAAAAGAACGAUGAUGUCAAAUCUGAUGAGGAGAAGGAAGAAAAAAAACCCAAAGCGGAAGGAGAGGAGGAAGAAGAAGAAAUUGAAGGAGAGGAGUUGGACGAAGAAGAUUUAGAAGAGGAGAAUGACUACAUAGCCAGCUAUUUCGAAGAUGGCGACGAUUUUGAUGCCGGCAGUGACGACAACAUGGAUGAAGCGACAUAUUAAUCUGUUGCCUGAUGGAAGUCAACGGAAGUGUACCUCGGCCCUGUUAGAGGAAAUAAUCUGCUGGUUAUAAGAGUCAAGUUUCCAUGAUGAGCCAACGGGAACACCGAGGGAUAAAUCAAGAUGUCUUUGUGGCGCCAGCUGAUGGGCGCUUGAUCUUGACGUUGCUUUGUAAAUAAUUGCAUGAACAAAUGAAUCAUGAACACUGAAACGUGACACAAUGUAAAGUCCGAGCAUCAAUAA